ACACCCACUUUAACACUGGAUGGUUUUAUCAACCUCUCUAUGCACAACUGCUCUACGGUCCAUGACUGGAAAUGCAGGACAGUUCCUCAGCACAGGACAUCCUGAGAAGCCCAACCACCAACACAUCCAAGGGAUAAACCACUCAGUCUCUCCUGGGCCAUGACUGCUCAGCUUCACAACGUCAGCAUCCCAGGGAGCACAGCGGUUCUGCUGCCGAUCACAGAUGGCCCCUUCAACCUGAGCGCAGCGGCUCAGGCAGGACCCGGGUCAGGGCAAUCACUGGCUCCUCUCUGUACCCUCUGUUGCUGUGGGUUUCUCAAUCGUACACUGGCAGUGGUGUUCAUGGUCAGCCUGGCGUUUGCCAUCGUGGUUGGAAAUGUGGUCACGCUUACUGUCUUUGUGCAAACAAGGCAGUCGAGAACACCACAGGGAUACUUGAAAGUCUCUUUGGCCAUAGCAGACAUGAUGGUCGGUGUCCUCGUCGUCCCUUUCUCCGUCUACACUGAAAUCUCUCUAAUGGUGACGAGCUCUCUUCCCAUUUGGUACCAGGGUAGUUCCACUUCCCCGGCCUCCUCCUCCCUCGGUGGAAUAGUGAGCCCCUGGCAGCCCUGCAUGCUGAUUGGCCCCGUGUUUGCUGGAUGCACUUUUGUCUCCAUUAGCACCAUCUUCCUCAUGACGUUGGAGCGAAGCGUGGCCAUCCUGUGGCCGCUCCACAAGGACGCCUUGGUGACUCGGAGACGGACUCUGCUCCUUAUCCUUCUCUCUUGGGGUGCUAGCUUCCUGCUGGCUCUCGCACCACUCAUCUUCAGCAGUAACUUCACUCUGGAGUACAAUGAGUGUAGUCGUAUGUGUAACUACACACCUCUAUUGCUUGGAGGCCAGCUGCCACCUGAUGCCAACAUUUUGCUGCUGUUCCCAGCGUUUGACUUCACGCUGCUUGGUGGCACGUUAGCAGUUAAUAUUUUGUCUUUCACAAGCAUUCGACAGUACUCCCGAAAACGCAAACUGCUCUCAGAGGGGAGUCUCAGUGAUGGAGGGGGUGGAGGAGGACGCGGAGGAGGAGGCUGCCCUCACAGGCCGUCUUUCUCUGACAUUAAAGCUGCCAAGACGAUCGGUAUACUGACGUUUGCCUUCACAGCAUCCUUCUCUCCCAUCGCAGUGUUUGUGCUCGGGAACGUGGUGGGAUACACCUGGUGUAACUUUUCCUUUGUUGCCUUCUGGAUCCUGACAGGAAACAGCUGUUGCAAUGUGAUCAUCUACAGUGUCAGGGACCAUCGCUUCAGGAAGGGUGUGACACUACUCUUUAAGCGAGACCACUCCCCCCCACAUGGCGAGAAGCCUUGAGAGAUACAUUAAUUAAUUCAACUGC